CUGGGCGCCUGCUGCCUGGCGCUGCUGCAGAUAUUCCGCUCCAAGAAGUUCCCGUCGGACAAGCUGGAGCGGCUGUACCAGCGCUACUUUUUCCGUCUGAACCAGAGCAGCCUCACCAUGCUCAUGGCCGUGCUGGUGCUGGUGUGCCUCGUCAUGUUGGCCUUCCACGCGGCGCGGCCACCGCUCCAGGUGCCCUACCUGUCCGUGCUGGCGGCCGCCGUGGGCGCGAUCCUCGUGAUGGCCGUGCUCUGCAACCGCGCCGCCUUCCACCAGGACCACAUGGGCCUGGCCUGCUAUGCGCUGAUUGCGGUGGUGCUGGUGGUCCAGGUGGUGGGCCUGCUGCUGCCCCAGCCGCGCAGCGCCUCGGAGGGCAUCUGGUGGACCGUGUUCUUCAUCUACACCAUCUACACGCUGCUGCCCGUGCGCAUGCGGGCCGCGGUGCUCAGCGGGGUACUCCUGUCUGCCCUCCACUUGGCGAUUGCCCUGCACACCAACGCCCAGGACCAGUUCCUGCUCAAGCAGCUCGUCUCCAAUGUCCUCAUUUUCUCCUGCACCAACAUCGUGGGCGUCUGCACCCACUACCCGGCCGAGGUCUCCCAGAGACAAGCCUUCCAGGAGACCCGGGAGUGCAUCCAGGCGCGACUCCACUCUCAGCGGGAGAACCAGCAGCAGGAGCGGCUCCUGCUAUCUGUCCUUCCCCGUCAUGUUGCCAUGGAGAUGAAAGCAGACAUCAACGCCAAGCAGGAGGAUAUGAUGUUCCAUAAGAUUUACAUCCAGAAGCAUGACAACGUGAGCAUCCUGUUCGCUGACAUCGAGGGCUUCACCAGCCUGGCGUCCCAGUGCACUGCCCAGGAGCUGGUCAUGACCCUCAACGAGCUCUUCGCCCGCUUCGACAAGCUGGCUGCGGAGAAUCACUGUUUACGUAUUAAGAUCCUGGGGGAUUGUUAUUACUGCGUCUCGGGGCUGCCUGAAGCGAGGGCUGACCACGCCCACUGCUGCGUGGAGAUGGGCAUGGACAUGAUCGAGGCCAUCUCGUUGGUCCGGGAGGUGACAGGGGUGAACGUGAACAUGCGCGUGGGAAUUCACAGCGGGCGAGUACACUGCGGUGUCCUUGGUCUCAGGAAGUGGCAGUUCGACGUCUGGUCUAACGACGUCACGCUGGCCAACCACAUGGAGGCUGGAGGCAAGGCUGGACGCAUCCACAUCACCAAGGCCACACUCAACUACCUGAACGGGGACUACGAGGUGGAGCCAGGCUGCGGGGGCGAGCGCAACGCCUACCUCAAGGAGCACAGCAUCGAGACCUUCCUCAUCCUGCGCUGCACCCAGAAGCGGAAAGAAGAGAAGGCCAUGAUCGCCAAGAUGAAUCGCCAGAGAGCCAACUCCAUCGGGCACAACCCGCCACACUGGGGAGCCGAGCGCCCCUUCUACAACCACCUGGGCAGCAACCAGGUGUCCAAGGAGAUGAAGCGGAUGGGCUUUGAAGACCCCAAGGACAAGAACGCCCAGGAAAGUGCAAACCCCGAGGAUGAAGUGGACGAGUUUCUGGGCCGUGCCAUUGACGCCAGGAGCAUUGACAGGCUGCGGUCUGAGCAUGUUCGCAAGUUCCUCUUGACCUUCAGGGAGCCUGACUUAGAGAAGAAGUACUCCAAGCAGGUGGACGACCGAUUCGGUGCCUACGUGGCGUGUGCCUCGCUCGUCUUCCUCUUCAUCUGCUUUGUCCAGAUCACCAUCGUGCCCCACUCCGUGUUCAUGCUGAGCUUCUACCUGACCUGUUUCGUGCUGCUGACCUUGGUGGUAUUUGUGUCCGUGAUCUACUCCUGUGUGAAGCUCUUCCCAGGCCCCCUGCAGACCCUCUCCAGGAAGAUCGUGCGGUCUAAGAUGAACAGCACCCUGGUCGGGGUGUUCACCAUCACCCUGGUGUUCCUGUCGGCUUUUGUCAACAUGUUCAUGUGCAACUCCCAGGACCUGUUCGGCUGCCUGGCAGAUGAACACAACGUCAGCACCAGCCAGGUCAACGCGUGCCAUGUGGUGGAGUCCGCCGUCAACUACAGCCUGGGGGAUGAGCAGGGCUUCUGCAGCAGCCCCUGGCCCAACUGCAACUUCCCCGAGUACUUCACCUACAGCGUGCUGCUUAGCCUGCUGGCCUGCUCCGUGUUCCUGCAAAUCAGCUGCAUUGGGAAGCUGGUGCUUAUGCUGGCCAUCGAGCUCAUAUACGUGCUCGUCGUCGAGGUGCCCGGUGUGACGCUCUUUGACAAUGCCGACCUUCUGGUCACCGCCAAUGCCAUAGACUUCAACAACAACGGGACCUCCCAGUGCCCUGAGCACGCGACCAAGGUGGCGCUGAAGGUGGUGACGCCCAUCAUCAUCUCAGUCUUCGUGCUGGCCCUGUACCUGCACGCCCAGCAGGUGGAGUCCACCGCCCGCCUCGACUUCCUCUGGAAACUGCAGGCCACAGAGGAGAAGGAGGAGAUGGAGGAGCUGCAGGCCUACAACCGGCGGCUGCUGCACAACAUCCUGCCCAAGGACGUGGCCGCCCACUUCCUGGCCCGGGAGCGGCGCAACGACGAGCUCUACUACCAGUCGUGCGAGUGCGUGGCCGUCAUGUUCGCCUCCAUCGCCAACUUCUCCGAGUUCUAUGUGGAGCUGGAGGCCAACAACGAGGGUGUCGAGUGCCUGCGGCUGCUCAACGAGAUCAUCGCCGACUUCGAUGAGAUCAUCAGCGAGGAUCGGUUUAAGCAGCUGGAAAAGAUCAAGACCAUCGGCAGCACCUACAUGGCUGCCUCCGGCCUUAAUGAUUCCACCUACGACAAGGUGGGCAAGACGCACAUCAAAGCUCUGGCCGACUUCGCCAUGAAGCUGAUGGACCAAAUGAAGUACAUCAACGAGCACUCCUUCAACAACUUCCAGAUGAAGAUUGGGCUCAAUAUCGGCCCCGUGGUGGCUGGGGUGAUCGGGGCCCGCAAGCCUCAGUACGACAUCUGGGGCAAUACGGUGAACGUGGCCAGCCGCAUGGACAGCACCGGUGUGCCAGACCGCAUCCAGGUCACCACGGACAUGUACCAGGUGCUGGCUGCCAACACGUACCAGCUGGAGUGCCGGGGUGUGGUCAAGGUCAAGGGCAAAGGCGAGAUGAUGACCUACUUCCUCAACGGAGGGCCCCCGCUCAGUUAGCAGCUGCCAGCUGACGAUGCCAGGCAGCUGGCCUCCGGAGAAACACAACGGCUUCUUUGUGUGCCGGGCGGGCCGGUGGAAGCCCGCGCCCCCGCCCAGGUGGCCGCGCCCUUGAGAUUUUCCACGUUGAUUCCAAAAGCAGUUUCUGCCUUCGUGGGCGGGUGGCAGCCUCUGUCCCAGGCAGGGUGCCUGCGUCCUGCGAGCACCACGCUGACCAAAGAUGACUCCCUCUGGAGAAGACUCCGCUGGAUGCGACCUGGAUCUUGAGUUUUCUCACGGGUGCUGCUGCUGCGCGGAUGGAGGAGCUCCUGGCGCGUGGAUCGGCGUAUGGCCACCCAGCGCCGAGGGCAGGGCUGAAGGAGAGGCCUGGGUGGGAAGAGGAGCGACUCUGGCUGGAGGGAGCCUAGGGGCCCUGAGGGGUCUGCUUUUCUAUACGAGCCUUUAAACUUCAGACAGACCUGGACCCUGCCCCAUGGAGGCAGCCGCCGGGCAGGAGUGCUGGCUUUGGAAGGACUGUGGCCUUCACCACAGUUCCCCCUCCACCCACACACACGCACAGACAAUGCCCCUCCGCGGGGAAGAGAACUAACUGCGAGGGGGAGGCCAGAGGACUCGAAGCCAGGAGUGGCGGUUCUGAGAAAAGGAAAAUAUUUAUUAAAUAAAACAAAACCUGUUUCUGCGCCCUUCUUUAGCCUCUGCUAGUUGUCCACGUGUGAGAGACCCACGGGCAACCGGGGACGCUGCUGGGGAGGGAGGCCGGGUCCCAACGUGUCUUUUUGUAUUUUUUAUUUUGUAUUAUUGAAAACCUUGGAGAUCUAACAAAUAUACCAAAUUCUAUAUUUUGUAAAUUCUCUAUAUUAGAA